UUGACAGAUUCUGUCACCUAGUUAGAUGAAUCUAAUGAAAAUUAGAUUGAUUUUCAUUUCCAAUUCAAUAAAUUAAAUUUAUUGAGCAUUCAUCAAUAUUUAUAACUUUAUAAAUUUUUGCGACGUUCAAUCCAAUUUUAGUCUAUUAUUUUUUAUUUGCUAAUACACGAACAACGCACGCGCAGUACACCCAUCGCCCAAAAUUACCGAGCGCCAUAUUGAGAGGCAGACGUUGUAUGACUUGAGUGAUAAAUCGUGGUUAGUGCAAUAGUUUGAAGUGGAAUUUUUGAUCUUGCCCUAUGGAUAUACUCUCGGGAGUGGUGUGCCUCGGUUGAAAGGCCUGCCGAAAGGACAGGGCUCCACACGCGAGGAGGAAAGUCAGCGGCGUUCCGCACUGCAGCACCAUGGAGUGCUGUAUGUCGGAAGAAGCGAAGGAGCAGAAAAGAAUCAACCAGGAAAUAGAGAGGCAGCUCCGAAAGGACAAACGCGAUGCUCGGAGAGAACUCAAACUGCUUCUGCUUGGUACUGGCGAGUCUGGCAAGUCGACGUUCAUCAAGCAGAUGAGAAUUAUUCAUGGCUCGGGCUACAGCGACGAUGACAAGAGAGGUUUCAUCAAACUCGUCUAUCAAAAUAUUUUUAUGGCCAUGCAAAGUAUGAUACGCGCUAUGGAUCUACUUUCUAUACAAUACGGAAAUCCGUCCAACUCAGAAAAGGCGGAAUUGAUAUCAUCCAUCGAUUUCGAGAGUGUAACAACUUUCGAGAGCCCGUACGUGGAAGCCAUCAAGGCCCUGUGGAGCGAUGCCGGUAUACAGGAGUGCUACGAUCGCAGGCGAGAAUAUCAGCUCACCGACUCGGCUAAAUACUAUUUGCAGGAAAUUGACCGCGUGGCGGCACCAAAUUACUUACCAACCGAACAGGACAUUCUACGCGUAAGAGUCCCAACAACUGGCAUUAUAGAAUACCCAUUUGACUUGGAGGAGAUACGAUUUAGCUAUUUAAGUGAUUUGGCGAGAAUCGAAAAGGAUGAUUACCUGCCGACUGAGCAGGACAUCUUGCGGGCUCGACAGCCAACCACCGGCAUCCUUGAGUAUCCUUUCGAUCUUGACGGAAUUGUGUUUAGAAUGGUGGACGUCGGGGGCCAAAGAUCCGAGAGAAGGAAGUGGAUUCACUGUUUCGAAAAUGUAACCUCAAUCAUAUUCUUAGUAGCCCUUAGUGAAUAUGAUCAAAUUUUAUUCGAAUCCGAAAAUGAGAACCGGAUGGAGGAGUCUAAAGCGUUGUUCAAGACGAUCAUCACAUACCCAUGGUUCCAACACUCGUCUGUAAUCCUGUUCCUCAACAAAAAGGAUUUGCUCGAAGAAAAGAUUAUGUAUUCGCAUCUUGUCGACUAUUUCCCCGAAUACGACGGUCCUCAACGCGAUGCCAACACGGCGCGCGAGUUCAUCCUGCGAAUGUUCGUCGACCUAAACCCGGAUGCCGAGAAAAUCAUCUACUCGCAUUUUACAUGCGCGACAGACACUGAGAACAUCCGGUUCGUGUUCGCCGCAGUCAAAGAUACAAUCCUACAAUCCAACCUAAAGGAGUACAACCUCGUCUAAGCGAAACCAACAAGGUCACUGACACAAAUCUGUGAUUGUGUAAAACACAAGUUACACUUCAUCACUUCAUGACAGAUGUGUGUGUAAUUUCGCGAACUGAGAUCAGAUGGACGAACUAAUUUCAUCUUAAAAUGUUUAAUGAGAAAAUAAGGAUAGAUUGUAAGUCAUUUAACCCAAAAACUAGAGUGGGGAGUGCGGCGAUGGGUACUCGCCGGCCGCACUCCCUCCGACAACAUUCGUUCUCGAUCCGUACGGGUCGUACACGAGGCGUCAGGUUUUUUGACAUGUUUUUUUAUGAUGAAGUUAUUCACAAUUUAUGUAUGUGUCUGUAUUGGUGAAUAUUAAAUUGUGCAUUUUAAAAGUUAUGGUGAGUCUUGGCCUUACCAUGAGCUGCUUUUAGUCAUUGUUUUAGGGUUUUUUUUUUGUAAAGUUUGUUGCCAUAAUAUCUUUCUACAUUAGUAUACAUUUUAUUAUGUCCAGACGGAUGGAUUUGAACAAACUAGUCCAAUGAAGCGCGUGUUUACUAUCCUCUCGGUCGAGCCAGGCCUGGCGCCCAGGGGCCGGGCCUGCCUGGUCCCGGCGCGUGUCGGCCGCUCGCCUGCCGGCACUCUCUCUACCUACCGAUUAUAUUCACUAGACGUAAUUAUAUAUCGGUACCCUAUUUUCUGUUAAAAUGAAAGAUUUAUAACUUUAUUACUGUAUUUAAAUAUUUCGUUACUUUUGUACAUUGGAAUUUUUGUUACUUGAAUAUAUGUUAAUAUUUAAGCUGUUUAUAUUUAAAUAUGGUGUUUUUCUACACGAAUUGACUUGACGCAAACUGUUUUAUGUUAACUGUAGGCUUUGUGUACGCUGUGGUCUGGUGUAUUUGGUUUCUUCCUAUCGUUAUCCGUGUAUAAGAAUCAAUCAGCUAGCCGUAUGUCAAAAUAUAGGAAGUUACUAUGUUAGUUGUUUAAGGACAUUUUUGAUGCAUUUGAUAUGAACUUUUUUUACUAGAAAAACCCUCGGAAUAACAAAGCGAAACGUGAAUUGUAAAAACCGAAACCGAUGUUUUUUGCACGAACGCUUACCAGUAUGUAAUAUAUUGUACAUUUGGUCUAAAUGAGCUGAGUGAAUUGAGCUGACAGUUCAGUGCCAAGUUUUGCUAUUGGCAUACUUUUUUAUCGUAACGUGAAGCACAAAAUAUAAUUACUACAUUUUAUAAUUGUUUUCCAUAUUUUAGAAUAUUUUAUUGUACCAUGCUUAAUUAAGAGUGUUGCUUCGUGUUAUUAUUUAGUUUUAUAAAUGUAUAAGAAACCAAGUUUCGUUUUGAAGAUAUAUUAUUAUUGUAUUAUUUGUUGUUGUGUCUUAAUUUCUCUUCUACUCAAGUUUCUAUAUGGACCGCUAAGCACAAUUCAAGUGACACUGUCAAUAGCAAAACUCCAUGCUUUAAUUAUGAUACAGCUGUCUUAUGCUCAAAGUAAUGUGACGUGAAACUUAGCGCACAAUAUUGGAAACUUUCUAUUUGAUGUUACCCACUGAAGUGCAAUCUGUGUCUACCGUGUACAUAAAAACUAUAUUUCUUUUGUGCAAUUGUACAGCAAUAUUGGAAUUAGUUAGUGGCCCGACGUGGGUCCCUGUCCCGACAGUGGGGCACCCGCGACACCAGACACCCGUGUCAGCAGUGUCCGCAGCCCGGCCUGCAGUGUCCGCAGCCCGGCCUGCAGUGUCCGCAGCCCGGCCUGCAGUGUCCGCAGCCCGGCCUGCAGUGUCCGCAGCCCGGCCUGCAGUGUCCGCAGCCCGGCCUGCAGUGUCCGCAGCCCGACCUGUUGGGUCCGUACCCCGGUGGGCAGUGUCCGCAGCCCGACCUGUUGCGUCCGUAGCGCGGCCUGCAGCGUCCGCUCCGCGCGGCGUCGGGCCCACCUCGGAGCACCGGCGAUGCUCGUCUUGCAAUCUCCGCGUACCUCUGUACAUACAUUUUGAUAUGUUCCGAUUUAACUUGGAACAAUAAUAGAUACAUACGUACUAUAUUGCUCCAUUGACAUUCAACGCAUGAGCUUGAAUUUAUAUUCAUUUGCAGUAGUAUCAAAACCAAACAAAGCACAAUGAAACAAUACAUUGGUGAUUAGUUACAUAUAAGACGAGCGUCGAGUUAACGGUACUAUCGUGUCGUUCGAGUAUAAAGUGCCGCCAAUUCGUAAGCUCCUUACGAAUGGACUGAGUAUCGUGUACUGGUGUGGUUCUUACUUAUUUGUUUAUACGGUUGGGCUAUAACUACACAAAAUAUUGCUAAAACUAUAUUAUAGUCUAACGUUGCUUUACCUUUGCGUGAGAUUGUGAGAAUUUUAGCUUAAGUUCCGACUGAAGAUGGAUGCAUGAAUGAAAUAUUGUAAAUUAUAAUUUCUCAUAAAAUAUAAUUUUUUUCAGCUAAA